AUGACGACUAAGACCAUCCAUGGGAACUCGCAAUUCCAGAAGCCCUCCUCUCUACGCUGGACGUGGGAGUCACCCGGUGGAGGGUACCGUAAUGAAAUAGACCACAUCAUCGUCAAUAAAAGAGAGAGAAAUCCCAGCACUGUCAUCAACCGGGAUCUCUUCGCUACGCUAGCCGGCUUUUGGGAAGAUUCCGCAAUGGACAACAUCGACGAGGAAUAUGACCGGCUCAUUGAACACCUUCACGACUGUGCGAAGAAGGCUAAGAGUUUUAAAACGACCAAGAGACUCCUGUCUCUUCAAACUCUUGAGCUGAUACGACAGUGCGGAGCAGCACGAGCCGCAAGGAACCAAGAGCUCACGUCCGAGCUCGCAAGGCUUUGCAGAGAGGUGACAAAGAAAGACCUUAGAGAGAGAAAAGCAGAAGUACUGGCUGAAGCUGCAGAGGCGGGGAGAGGCACCCGUCGCAAGACGAGGAUGACUGCUCUCCGGAACCCAGAGGGAACAGCCACUGCAUCAAGAAGGGGGAUGGAGAAAAUCAUCUACGACAUUUUCUCUGAUCUCUUCGACAGCCAUGUCCACUUGCCUCCUCACCAUCAGAAGGAAGACGGACAUUUUAUUCCAGAGGUUCUCUCCUCCGAAAUACGACAUGCUAUCAUUUGUGUAAGAAAGCGAACGUCACCCGGUUCCGACAGACCAGAACACCUGAACCUCCGCCAGCACUCAGCGACACUUUGGCGAGGCUCUUUGCAGGUUUCCUUUGGGAAUGCAAGGUGGAUUGAAAAAGUCUUGGAUGAAGGACAACCAUGCGAACAAGCAGGGUUUCGGAAAGGAUUCAGCACGAUUGACCACAUUACGGUACUUCGAAUGUUGUGCAGUAACUUCACGACCGGCAUUUCACAAUUCUACAAGAAUAUCAUCAUUGACGUGAAGAGGGGAGUCCGACAUGGUGAUACAAUUUCACCCAAAAUAUUCACAGCCACCCUCGAGAACGCAAUGCGAAAGUUGGAAUGGGACGACACGGGAGUGAAGAACGACGGUCGCCACGCGGAACGACUGCUGACCGAAUUCGACGAAACAUGUGGAUGCAUCGGUCUUCAGCUGAAUCUGCAAAAGACGAUGUUCAUGCGCAACGGAUGGGUCUCGGAUGCCCCAAUUACGCUCAACGGAACGAACAUAUCUGAAUGCACCAGCUACGUUUAUCUGGGUCGGGAACUGAACAUUAUGAACGACUUGACCCUCGAGCUGGGCAGGAGGAAGCGAGCGGCUUGGGGAGUGCACAAGAGCAUCGAGGAUGUAGUGAAGAAGACCAGGAACAUCCGGCUCCGUGGGCACCUCUUCAACACCACCGUGCUUCCUGCUUUGGUCUGUGCUUCGGAAACCUGA